AUGGUAGCUGUAGCAGAGAAGGAAAAUACAAAACCCGAAAAUGUGUCCACUCCCCUUGUAGCUCUCUCCUCGUAUUCUGUCAACAAGGGAAGUGAUGAAGUAGUGGAGGACCUCACCUUACGGCCUAGCAAAGAGGACCGCUUAGCCCUGUGCGAGGCCCUCUAUAAAUGCACGGGUUCGUUCAAGCGCAUAGUCUCCCCUUUACUCCCUUAUCCGCUUGUCAUCAAUCGCCUACAUCGGGACUUUGUUGAAGCGCAGGAGAUGAGCGGAGGCUCGGCGAAGGAGGCCUUGAUGACUUUUGCCAUGAAGAUGGAGGAACCCGGCACCAAAGCUUUUUUAAGUGACGCCCAGGCUCAGAUUCGAGCGGAGCCAAAGGUGUACGCUCAGAACAUGGUGGAUGACGAAUGGAUUAGUGACUUCCAAUCUCAAGUGGAUUACGUACCGGGCCUGAGCAAGGGGAAGCGUCUGCUCGACUCCGAAGACGCCAAGCAGUUUGCCACUUUUGCCGAUGAGAUGAAAAGCGCCGGAAAUAAAUGUUUUGCAUCGCAAGAUUAUGAAAUGGCAUUGACGCGGUACACGCAAGGGGUUGAGCUUUUGCAGCAAGUCGAGUGCAAAGACGAGCAGCCUCAGCGACACUUGCUUGAGCUCUACACCGCGCUCUUGACCAAUCAAGCGAUCGCAGGCUUGAAAACAAGCGCUUGGCGCACGUCGCUUACCGCGUGCACUGCUUGCUUGUCAAUCAAUCCUCGGAACCUGAAAGCACGCGCACGGCGGGCGGAGGCUUACACUUGCCUGGGCGACAUGGAGGCCGCCGCCCUCGACUUGGAAGUGAUCCUGCGGUUGCAAGCCACAGAGUUGCUGGAAGACCACGAUCAAGACACGGCACAAGAGCUCUUAGCGGCCGCACAGAAGGAUGCCAGAAAGCUCUCGCAGAGGAUCGAGAGGAUGAAGAGGGAGGAAAGCGCGACCGCCAAGCGCAUGAUGGCCGGGGCGGACUUUACUGCGGAUCGACACAAGGAGAAGCCCCCCGCCCCGGACAUCCCGCAGCCUCCUUCCAUACUCUCGAGCUCGACAUCCCGCUCUCGCGCCACGGAUCCUCUGAGUGCUGCACGGCCGGUCUCAAGACUCUCCGCCAAGCCAGGCUCAGAGAAGCUCAUCGACGAGGUGGUCGCCCUGGAGAUCCAGCAAAGCCUCAUGUACAUAUACUCCCAGCCCGUCGUGCAGGGCGAGCUGAUCAUGCUCCGUAAGGCGGCGGACUACGAAUCAGGGCGAUUCGUGCAGCGAUUGCGGCCUUACCUGGCGAAGCUGUUGGCGGAGCCCAUCUUGGACAGGUACAGUUUCGGGAAGGGGGAGGAGGGAUACCGGAGGAUGGAGCGAGCCCUCGGCCAGCACGUGACAUCUAGCGCGGACGUCUGUGAGAACGCAAAAAGCCUCCUGGCGGUCUUGAUGGGGGACCUGCUCGAGGAGUGA